GUUGAUUCUAAUUAUUUAUUUUGUUUUGUUUCACAAACGACCAUACAAAUUAUGUAACUACUUUCACGUCAACACGUAAAAUAUAUAAUCGUACAAAUGUUGGUUGCGUUAACGUUACCUGAUUUUCAUGGCGAGACGUAUUGCAUCAUCGUAGCGCAGCAGUACGAGCGCCUCUGAUUGGCUGUUGUUGGCGGUGACCUGGCAACCGAGAGAGAGCUUACAGACGCUUAUUUAUUCCGCAGGAUCUUCAGAGAGCGCAGAUCGCCUCUUUUUGUGAUUGCGUACCGAUACUAGCUGCUCUUCAUCCAUCUCCAGAGAGGAUGUCGACGCGAACCCUGCCUCUGCUCUUCAUUAAUCUGGGUGGAGAAAUGCUCUACAUCCUGGAUCAGCGCCUGCGGGCUCAGAAUAUCCCAGUAGAUAAAGCGAAGAAAGCAACUGUAGCAGAUUGGCUAGAGGAGGACAGAAAAAGAGUUAUGAAUGAUAUCAUUACCACCAUGUUCAAUAAGAAGUUCCUGGAUGAGCUGUUCAAACCACAGGAGCUGUACUCCAAGAAGGCCCUGAGGACAGUGUUCGACCGACUGGCUCAUGCCUCCAUCAUGAGACUCAACCAAGCUAGUAUGGACAAGCUCUAUGAUUUGAUGACCAUGGCAUUCAAGUAUCAAGUCCUGCUGUGUCCUCGCCCUAAAGACAUCCUCCUUGUGUCCUUCAACCAUAUGGAUGCCAUCAGGGACUUUGUGAAAGACGCUCCCAGCAUCCUCAGCCAAGUGGAUGAAACAAACAAGCAACUCAUAGAGAUAUAUACCCCUUUAUCUGGUGGAGAGUUUCAACUAAUUAGACAAACACUCCUCAUCUUCUUUCAAGAUAUGCAUAUUAGAGUAUCAAUUUUCCUGAAAGACAAAGUACAGAACUCCAAUGGGCGAUUUGUUCUCCCCACAUCAGGCCCUGUUCCGUAUGGGACGCACAUCCCAGGACUCAUAAGGAUGUUCAGCUGUAGUGGUGAGGAGGUGAGAAGGAUGCAGUUCCGGGACGGUGGCAAUUACAGCGCCGCUCUCCGUGAGGGUGCUUUUGAAAUGUAUGGUGAUCGAGUAAUCAAACUGGGUACAAACAUGUACAGUGUGAGCCGCCCUGUUGAGACACACAUGUCUGGAACCUCCAAAAUCUCCUCACAGCACACCAAGGUCAACACAACUCUGAAUCCUUUGGCAAAAGAAGAGCUGAACCUGCUUGCUAGACUAAUGGGAGGUCUGGAGGUGCAGAAAUCAACUAAUACUGACUCUGGCUUCCGUGUGAACCUUUUUGCCACUGACGAGGAGGAAGAGGAAGCUUUAAUAUCAAGACCGGAUGAGCUUUCCUAUGAAGUUAUUAAUAUCCAGGCAACAAAGGACAAACAGACCAAUGCAGAGCUGGCUAAGAUCAUGGGGGAGUUUGGAGAGACGGGAGAACCCGCCCCCAGUUCCAGCAGCAAGGGUGAUGACCUCCUGGCCAUGAUGGAUGGACUGUGACUUUAACUUGAUGUUCCCUUUGAGUGAGCAGAGUGACUGAGCUGUUAAGCAGGAUAAAGUGCUACAAUGUCUUACUCCGCAAAGAGGCCUUUUGUCUGGAGCUACAGUGACAACCGUAUAUAUUUAGAACGACAGCUAAGCUCAAUGAGAAAUUCUCUCUUUGAGAAUUUCACACAAUUUUUGUCUCCUGCCACCCACCGAAUGUGAGAAAUGCAAAUAGCAGGUGUAGAAAUGUAAUAUGCGUCUUGCUGUGGGACCAUAUUCACUUUUUCAUAUCCGUUCCGUUAAGUUAGUUUGGACCUACUGAGGCGGCACAGUCCAUAUCAUCACAUGGUUUGAUAUCAGUCUUCACA